AUGGGAGAUGCUGCGGGUGGUGGUGGAAAGGGUUCUGGUCCAGCUGGAGCUGGUGCCGCCGGACCACAAGAUCGCUCUGCGGCGAGCCGAGCCGCUGGCCUGGCUGCUGCACGGCCCGCCGGGCACUGGGAAGUCCCACGUCCUGAAGUUCCUGCGGGAGUUGUUCGAGGAGCAGCUUGGCUACGCGCAGGGGAUCGACUUCGAGGUUGCGGCGUUCCAGGCCGUCAACGCGGCCGACAUUCGCGGCCGGACCCUCCACAACGCCUGCGGCCUUUGGACGCGGCCGCGCUGGACCGCGCCGUGGGCCAGGAGGCGGCGAAGAGAAUGAGCUACUGGAGAUGGCUCGUCGUCGACGAGGUCAGCAUGGUCAACGCGCGGCUGCUGGCGCAGGUCGAGCAGCGGUUGCGGGCGGUCGUCCCGUCGGCCAGCCAGUGGAAGCGCAACGCGGCCGGGGAUUCGCGGGCCUUCGCGGGCGUCAACGUGCUGCUGCUCGGCGACUUCUACCAGCUGCCGCCGCCGAGCGGCGGCUACCUCGCGGACGUGCCCAGCAGCCGGCGGCCGCCGCGGCUGAGCGCGGCCGCUGACGCCGAGCCGGACCUCCUGGCGGACUACGGCAGAGACCUAGUGUGGGGCGGCGCCCUGCAGGGUGUGAUGGAACUGGAGGAGCGCGAGCGCUGCAAGGACGCCUGGUGGAACAAGGUCGUGGACGAGCUGCGGCGCGGCGAGCUGUCGGAGCAGAACUGGUCCCGGCGCCGGGUCGUCGACGGGCCCGGCGACCCGCGCUUGAGCGAAGAGAAGUUCAGGUGGGCGGCGGCCGUCGUUGCCAACAACGACGCCAAGUACCAGAUCAACAAGGACCGCGCGGAAGACUACAGCCGCGCGGCCGGGUCGCCGCUCCGCUGGUCCGUGGCUCUGGACGCCCCCUCCGCCGAGGAGUGUGACAAGGCCGCGCGGAUCCGGUGGCUCCAGUAUCACGACCGGGACACCGAGAACCUCUCCGGCAUGCUGCCCUUGGCGGUCGGGAUGCGCGUGGUCUUGGCCGACCACCUCGAUCGCUCCGAGGACAAGCUCCUCCUCCGAGGUAGCGCCGGGCGCGUCCACUCCUGGGUCUGGGAGGAGAACGACCUGCGGCCGACUUGCGUCUAUGUGAAGUUUGACGGGGCGACCUGGCAGCUCGACGGGGCGCCGGAGCCGGGCCUCUACCCGGUCUACCCCGUCCGCAAGGUCUGGAAGCUGGACGCCAAGCGCAAGAAGCCGGUGCUCAAGAUCGCGCGGCCCUUUGAGCGCUGGCUCUACACCCGCGGCGCGCCGAAAGGCCCGGCGCUCCUGCUGAAGCAGCUGCGGGGCGAGGAAGUGGACUGGGACGCAUUCCGGGAGGCGAAGGCGCCCUCCGCGGCGUGCGAGAAAUGCAAAGAGGCCAAGACACUGGACUACUUCUCCGAUCGGCAGUGGGAGCGCGUCAGGUCCAACCGCUCGGCCAUUUGCCUUGCCUGCGCCCCCAGCAAGGACGGCCAGAAGACGCUGAAGCGGAAGCUGCCGUCUGGUCUGGCGCGCCUGGACUGCCGCGGCUGCAAGUUCCGGAAGCUGGAGUACGCCUUCCCGCGCGCUCAGUUGCAGCAGGACGACUCCGAAGCCAAGCGCCGUUGUCUGAAGUGCUUGAAAGAGGUUGGCGAGCUGACGCGUUCCGUUUGCCUGGCCGCAAAGCCGCUCUCCGAAUUCGAGAGUGUCGCAGCAACAAUGCCUUGGGCGGCGGUCUGCGCAGAUUGCGUGGCCCACGUGAAGAGGCGGCCCAAUAGGGGCCGCGCCGGCUGGUGCACUUGCCGGGCUUGCGACCUGUUCUUCCCGGGAGCCGGCGCCGCGGAGCACGACGGCGACCCGUCGUCGGCUAGCCGCCGGCGAUGUUUGAACUGCGCUUCGCGCGGCUCUUGGGCUAAGGGCAAGAGCACGUGCCGCAAAUGCGGCGGCGUGUGGCGCGAGCCGGGCGGGCAAGGAG